AUGUCUGCCACCAUCCCCACCCAGUUCACCGGCCAGGCCGCCAUGUCGAAGCAGAACGAGGAGAAGUUCGACCUCAAGGAGCACUCGUACACCCCUCGCGCCUUCAACGAGGACGACGUCAUUAUCAAGAUCGAGUGCUGCGGCGUGUGCGGCUCCGACCUCCACACCAUCACCUGCGGCUGGCAGGCGCACGACAACUUCCCCGCCAUCGUCGGCCACGAGAUUAUCGGCACUGUCGAGCGUGCCGGCGCCAACACCACCCACAAGGUUGGCGACCGCGUUGGCUUUGGCGCUCAGUGCUCCAGCUGUGGCGAGUGCUCCAGCUGCAAGGCCGGCCAGGAGAACUACUGCCUGAAGGGUAUGGGCGGCACCUACCAGGGCAAGACUGGUGACAAGGUCCAGCCUUACACCCAGGGCGGCUACGCCGACUACUACCAGGGCCCCGGCCACUUUGCCGUCCCCAUCCCCGCCGAGCUCGAGUCGGCCGUUGCCGCCCCUAUGCUCUGCGCCGGCGGCACCGUGUACGCGCCCCUCGUCCGCUACGGCGCUGGUCCCGGCAAGAAGGUCGGCAUCAUCGGCAUUGGCGGUCUUGGCCACCUCGGUGUUCAGUUCUCGGCCGCUCUCGGCGCUGACACUUUCGCCAUCUCGCACUCGGACAGCAAGCGCGCCGACGCUGAGAAGCUCGGUGCCAAGGGCUUUGUUGCCACCAAGGACGCCAAGACCGCCCUCGCUGAGCACGCCGCGACUUUCGACCUCAUCGUCUGCACUUCCUUCCAGGAGGGCAUGCCUCUCCAGGAGCUCUACCUCCCCCUGCUCAAGCCUUUCGGCAACAUGGUGAUUGUGGGCAUUCCGAACAGCGGGAUCCCAGCACCUGGUUGGGCUGUUCUUGGCAAGAGCAUCACUGGUUCGCUCAUCGCCUCGCCCAGCGAGCUCACCGAGAUGUACGCCCUCGCCGUCGCCAAGGGUGUCCGCACCUGGGUCGAGACCCGUCCCAUGUCGGAGGCUACCCAGACCCUGCAGGACAUGCACGAGGGCAAGGCCAAGUUCCGCUACGUCCUUGUCAACUAG